UGAACCUCCCAUAAGGCCGCUAAGUUUAAAAAAGGAACCGGCAGAGACGCUGAGCAGCGGCGGUGGUUGUUGUUGUCUGUGGGUUUGUGUGGAGUUGGUAGAGGUCAGACAAACAAACCUCCCCUUCAACCAACUUCGUCGUCGUCGUUGUUGUUGUGUGUUAUUUUUAGGUGCCUCCCCAAUUUUUUUUUGGUUGAUUUUCUUUGAAUUUUCGUUGGAGAGUGAAGCCCAGCAAUGGCCACGAAAGGAGUCGAGGUCGGCAUGGUGGUCAUGAUCAAUAGGAGCGACGGCCGUGUGCAUGAGGCCACCGUGAUGGGGAUAGAUGCGAUCCACAAUAUCGUGAAGAUGGAGUGGAUGGAUUUGGAUAAUCAAGGCCGCUGCAAGGAGUUCUCUCUCCAAGAUAUAUACCGGCUGAACCCCAAGCUGGCUCUGAAGGACUCGGACCUGAUGCCUCCCCCUGCGCGACCCGCCGUUCCCGUGAAGUUACGACCGACGCCCUCGGUUGCAAACGCACGUGUCAUGCGUGGGUCCGACUGCUCGGUCGGGAACAGCGUCGUCGGGCUGAAGCAAGAGCCUCUGCCUCAAAGGAGUGACUUGGUGAGCCGACUUCCAGUUCCACGAGCUCAUUCCGACUCCACCACCAGCACCCUACAACUAGGCGCCCUCCCCGAACACCCAGCCCCGGCGUUGCCCGCUGCCCACGAUGGCGCCGCCGCUGCCUCCACCACCACGACCACCACCACCACUACAGGCAAUGCAGCAGCAGCAGGGCGCAGACGAACCACUUACAUGCCGGAGACGGACAAGGCGAGUCGGAUCCGGACCGAGCGGGCGUUCCAGAAUCAACAGCAGGGCCCUCGCGAUCGCCGCUUGCGGGGAGCAGCGAAUGGUCCUCACUGGGAGUUCCUGAAGAUGAUCCAGGAAUACCGUGCCAACCUCGACUUCCAUCCGCUCUCCAUCUCUGACCAGGUGGAGGAGCGAAAGAUCUGCGUCUGCGUCAGAAAGCGCCCACUCAACAAAAAAGAGCUGGCGCAGAAGGAGAUUGAUGUGGUGACGGUGCCCAGCCACGAGGUGCUCAUGGUCCACGAGCCCAAACACAAGGUUGACCUCACCAAGUACCUGGAGAACCAGACGUUCCGCUUCGACUACGCCUUCGACGAGUCUGCCUCCAACGAAGUCGUCUACAAAUUCACCGCCUACCCAUUGGUGCAGACAAUCUUCAACAAGGGCAUGGCCACGUGCUUCGCUUAUGGACAGACGGGAAGCGGCAAAACCCACACCAUGGGUGGAAAUUUCAACGGUCGCUCGCAGGAUUGCACCAAGGGUAUCUACGCCAUGGCAACACGGGAUGUGUUUGACCUGCAGGGAAACAAGCACUACAGACAUCUGAAUCUGCAUGUGUACGCCACCUUCUUUGAGAUCUACAGCGGGAAGGUGUUCGAUUUGCUGAAUAAGCGUGCGGCCCUGCGAGUACUGGAAGAUAGCAAGCAGCAAGUGCAGGUGGUGGGGCUUAGCGAGUGCCCCGUCUCCUCCAGCGAAGAGGUGCUCGCCCUCAUUGAGACUGGGAGCAAGUGCAGGACGUCAGGCCAGACAUCGGCCAACGCGACGUCGUCGCGCUCGCACGCCAUCUUCCAGCUGAUACUGAGGCGCGGCGAGCUUCUGCACGGCAAGUUCUCGCUCGUGGACCUCGCCGGUAGCGAGCGCGGCGCCGACACGGGCAACUCCGACCUGCAAAUGUGCCGUGAGGGCGCCGAGAUCAACAAGAGCCUGCUGGCGCUGAAGGAGUGCAUCCGAGCGCUGGGCCAGAACAAGGCACACACGCCAUUCCGCGGCAGCAAACUCACCCAGGUGCUGAGGGACUCGUUCAUCGGGGAGAACUCCCGCACCUGCAUGAUCGCCAUGAUUUCUCCUGCGAUGAGCUCCUGUGACCACACGAACAACACGCUGCGAUACGCAGACAGGGUGAAGGAGCUGGGGGUGGAGCAGGGCGGGGAGGAGCGACAAUCGGCACCGCUCGCUUCCACCACUGCCGCCACCGCCGUGGCAGAGCCUGAACCGGAGGACGACGUCAAUAUGGACGAGGCGGGGGAAAAGGAGGCCCCUCAGCCACGUCAUCGACGGCUGCCCUCUCUCAUCCUGGAGGAGGAGAUGCCACUGGAGCUGCCCUCCGAAGAGUCUCUUCUCCAGCCGUUCAAGAAUAAGAUC